AUUGAGGCUCCAGUUCCAUUAUAACGAUUCCUUGUCCACUAACUUGACUGAAUAAUAAACGACAGAGAUCGCAUCACCGUCUCAUUUUCUUCUUGAUUUCAUCUGUCAUGAGCGGAAGCAGUGUUCUGGAGCCCCAAACUCCACUUCUGGAGACUGAAAAUGAAGCAGUCCAUGGUUAUGUUGACUACAAGGGCAGCCCAAGUGGAUGGAGAUCAGCAUCUUUCAUGCUAGCUGGAGGAUCCCUGGAGAGAUUUGCAUAUUAUGGAGUAGAAUCCAACCUCAUUAGCUAUCUCACCGGACCAAUUGGAGAAUCCGUGGCAACAGCGGCUGCAAAUGUCAAUACAUGGAUUGGUGUUGUGUCGCUUGUGCCAGUUUUAGGAGCAUAUUUGGCUGAUUCUUUCCUCGGCCGCCAUAGAUCAAUCAUCUUUACUUCCCUUCUCUACAUCUUGGGACUCGGUCUUUUGAGCCUGUCUGCAAUAAUUAUUCCAACAUCUGCCAGUAGCUCAACCUAUCAGGGCAUGAACAAGAAAUCAGACCCGGAUACUGGAAACCAAGUUUUGUUUUUUGUAUCACUUUACUUGAUUGCAUUGGCUCAAGGAUAUAAACCAUGUGUUCAAGCUUUUGGAGCUGAUCAAUUCAUUGAAAAAGAUCAGGAAAAGGGCAAAGCCAAGAGCUCGUUUUUCAAUUGGUGGAUUUGUGGCAUAUGUAUUGGUUCUAUAGCAGCACAUUUGAUCUUGCACUAUAUUCAGGAUAACAUAAAUUGGGCAAUUGGUUUUGGGAUUCCAUGUCUUGCUAUGGUUCUUGGGCUGAUUCUGUUUCUACUUGGAAAUAGAACUUACUUUUUUGCUGUUAAAAGAGGUUAUGAAGAGAGCCAUCAUGGGAGGAUAAAUUGGGGCAGAGAAGAAGUGGAUGAUGCCUUGCACAAUGGACCGCUAGCAUCAAGCGGUCAAGGACAGUGCAAAGAAUAUUUGUUGUUGAAAACUCCACAAAGAUCUCAAGGCUACAGGCUUCUGAAGGAUAUAUUGCCUGCAGCAGAUGAUUAUUCAACUGAUAACAUUGCACACUCUAGCAAAAGGAAAGAGCAAAAGAAUGUUAUAACGCUGCUACCUGUAUGGAUCACUUGUUUAACAUAUACAAUUGCAUACGCUCAAGCCUCGACAAUAUUUCUCAAGCAAGCAACAACCUUGGACAGAUCAAUACGGACAAAUUUUAAUAUUCCAGCUGCCACACUUAAGACUUUCAUCCCCCUCACCGUAAUGUUCUGCAUUCCAAUAUAUGACAAAAUUUUCGUCCCAGUUGCCAGAGCGAUUACAAAAUACCCCACUGGUAUAACAAUGCUGCAAAGAAUAGGAGCUGGGAUGGGCAUAUCAGUUAUUACAAUGGUUGUUGCAGCUCUAGUCGAAAUGAAAAGACACAAAACUGCUGAAGAUUAUGGUUUAGUAGAUAUUCCCAAUGCAACACUUCCUAUGAGCUUCUGGUGGUUGGUUCCUCAAUACAUACUCUUCGGAUUUGCAGAUGUGUUCAUUCAGGUAGGGAUGCAGGAGUUUUUCUAUGAUCAGGUUCCUAUUGAAUUAAGAAGUGUAGGCCUAUCAUUUCACUUUGGCGCCUUGGGAAUAGGGAACUUCUUGAGUAGUUUUCUGGUCUCAAUGAUUGACAAAGCUACAAGUCAAUGGGGUAGAGUGAGUUGGUUCUCAGACAACUUAAAUCAUGCACAUAUUGAUUACUUCUAUUGGCUACUUGCUGGAAUAGGUGCUGUGGGUUUAAUCAUUUUUGUCUAUAUAUCAAGAUUUUACAGCUAUGUGGGGCAAAAUGAUGACAGCAAAAAUGAAGCAGACCAUGGUGAUGUUGAUGACAAUGGCAGCCCAGGCGGAUGGAGAUCAGCAUCUUUCAUGCUAGUUGGAGGGUCUCUGGAGAGGUUUGUGUAUAUUGGAUUAGAAUGCAAUCUCAUAAGCUAUCUUACCGGGCCAAUUGGAGAAUCAUUGGCAACAGCUGCUGCAAAUGUCAAUACAUGGACCGGUGUAGCAUCACUUGUGCCAGUUUUAGGAGCAUACUUGGCUGAUUCUUUCGUUGGCCGCUACCGAUCAAUCAUAGUUUCUUCCAUUCUCUACAUCUUGGGACUCGGUUUUUUGAGCCUGUCUGCGACAAUUAUUCCUACACUUAUUAAUAGCCCAAGGUACCAAGACAUGACCAAAAAAUCAGGCCCGAAUACAGGAAUCAAAGUUUUCUUUUUUGUUUCACUUUAUUUGGUUGCUUUGGCUCAAGGAUACAAACCUUGCAUUCAAGCUUUUGGAGCUGAUCAAUUUGAGGGAAGAUAUCCAGGACAGAGCAGAGCCAAGAGCUCAUUUUUCUAUUGGUGGCUCUGUUGCCUAUGCAUGGGUUCUACAACAUCACACUUGAUCUUGCACUACAUCCAAGACAACAUAAAUUGGACAAUUGGUUUUGGAAUUCCUUGUCUUGCUAUGAUUCUUGGGCUUAUUGUGUUUCUACACGGAAGAAGAACUUACAUCUUUCCUGCUAAGAUAGGUGAUAAAGAAAAUAACAGGUUACUCAAGGAUGCAUUGCCUGCAGCAGAUGAUUGUUCAAUAGAUAAUAGUGUAAUAUCCACCAAAGCAAAAGAGCCAAGGAACGUUCUCAGGCUGCUUCCUGUAUGGAUCACUUGUUUAACGUAUACGAUUGCCUAUGCUCAAUCCUCCACAUUGUUUCUCAAGCAAGCAACCACAUUGGACAAAUCAAUUGGUCCAAGUUUUGACAUUCCAGCUGCCACGCUCAAGACUUUCAUCCCCAUUACUAUAGUGUUGUGCAUUCCCAUCUAUGACCGAAUUUUCAUCCCAAUUGCAAAAAGGAUUACUGGAAAUCCCACCGGCAUAACAACGCUGCAAAGAAUAGGACCAGGGAUGGCCAUUUCAGUCAUCAACGUGGUUGUUGCAGCUCUAGUAGAAAUGAGAAGGCUCAAAACUGCUCAAGAUUGUGGUUUGGUAGAUAUUCCCAAUGCAACACUUCCUAUGAGCUUCUGCUGGUUGGUGCUUCAAUACAUAUUAUUUGGACUCACAGAUGUUUUCAAUCAGGUAGGAAUGCAAGAGUUUUUCUAUGAUCAGGUUCCUACUGAGUUAAGAAGCGUAGGCCUAUCAUUUUACUAUGGUGCCAUGGGCAUAGGGAAUUUCUUGAGCAGUUUUCUAGUCUCAAUCAUUGACAAAGCUACAAGUCAAGGGGAUAGAGAAAGUUGGUUCUUAGAUAACUUAAAUCAUGCACAUAUCGAUUACUUCUACUGGCUGCUUGCUGGAAUAGGUACUGUGGGUUUAAUCUUCUUUGCGUAUCUAUCAAAAUUAUACAAAUAUGUAGAGCAAAGAGAUGACCAGAACUGUUCUCAAGGGCGUUUAGCUGAUAGAUCCAUUGGUGACUUGUAGGAGUUCACUUGGAUAUGUAAAACAAAGAUUAUGCCCAAAGGAUAGACUGCUGCAUUGGGGAUUAUCUAGUAUUUGGUCUUAAAUGUGUCAUUUAAAGAGCUGCAGCAGAAUCCUCAGAUCUCUUAUUCUUCAACUGUCCAAUUUCUGCUAGCAGUCAGUGAGGGACGGAAAGCAAGCAACCACAUUGAUAUAAACUUGAGUUAAUCUUAUAUACACUGAUAGCGCAUACACUAUCACGGUUAGAUGCAUGAUAUAUAUGUAAAAUUUGAAUUUUAAAUUCAAAUUCAAAUUAUAUAUUAUUCAUCUAAUAGUGAAAGUGUAUACAUUGUUGAUGUAUAGAAGAUUAAUUCUAUAAACUUGGCAACAGUAUGUGGUGAAUUAAAGUUUGUAUGUACAGAAGUUUGUCUACAUGCAGAGGUUCAAUGGUGUAGUGAUCAGUCUUCAACAAAUACAUAUUUUAACCACAUCAAAAAGGUUGGCAUGAUUUGCAGCUAUGGAUGAGCUAUGGAGAUCAAGGAUUUUUUGUAUUUGCAGCACCGGACAUUGCUCUGCUUAGGCAAUUGUGAAUAGUCUUCCCAAAGCUACUUGAUAUAUAGCUGCCUCAUGGAAGAAUCUGAGAAGAAUGAAGGUGGAAAUGGAACCUAGCCACGUUUGGGGUUAUUUUAGAAUUGUAUAGCAACAUAAUGGAAUUUUGUGUGUAUUUUUGAGCUCUCGUAGGUCUCAAAUUUUACAGGCUCUAUUUCAUGAUUA